GUGUAAUGUGGAUCUGUUAUAAACAAACAGGCGUAUUCAGCCAGCCCUUGUUGUCAGGCUCUGCUUCCGUAUUUACACACCCACUUAAAAAAAAAAAAAAAGGUUAACCAGUGACUGUCGGGCCAAUGUUUACCGAGCGAGCAUAGAGAGGUGGUGUGUAAAGUGACAGUCACACACGGGGGGUUCGGUGGUGAAACACGGGUGAUUUCGGCUUCCGCGGUUGCAUUUUACAGCGUGAUGUUCACUCGAAGGGGGCAUGGAGACGUCAAGAAAUCUACACAGAAAGUUCUGGACCCAAAGAAGGAUGUUCUGACCCGGCUCAAACACCUCCGGGCGCUGAUAGAUAUUAUUGACAAGAGUGAGCUAAAGGCAUUCUUUGAGAGCAACUCCUCACAGAUUUAUUUUAUCUUCUAUGAAAAUUUCAUUACACUGGAAAGCAACUUAAAACAAAAAGGGAUCAAAUCUCAGAGGGAGGAGCUGGACUCUAUCCUUUUUAUUUUUGAAAAAAUUAUACAACUUCUGCCAGAGAAAAUCUACAACAAAUGGCAGUUUCACAGUAUAGGUUCUAUUCUGAAAAAGCUUCUACACACUGGAAAUUCUUUUAAAAUCCGCUGUGAGGGAAUCCGUCUGUUCCUGCUGUGGCUGCAGGCACUACGGGACAACUCUGCUGAGGAGCAGUUCCUUAUCUUUGCCUGUCUAAUUCCAGGAUUCCCUGCUGUUCCCUCUUCCAGAGGGCCCUGCACUCUUGACACUAUCAUUUACAACCCAUUUUCCAACCACCCAGAUGCUAAGGUGGUGCCUGAGGAGAUUACACCACUGGUUCCAGCAGUUGUGGGAGAAAAAACUGCAGAUGACCUGACCUGUUACAUCCUUGAAACACUGCUUAAGUAUAUGGUUAUCCAGGCCUCCAGUUUAGAAUGGAAAAACAAGGAGAAUCUGGACACAGGCUUCAGGUUCCUCUUCAGUCUUUUUAAGAAGUACUAUUUUCCUCAUCUAUUCCCCUCCUUCAGCAAACUCACAAACCUCUACAAGCCUUUAUUAGAAAACAUGGGGAAAAAAUGCCCUCUAACGCUGUCUCCUUGUCAGACUGUCACUGCAGGCAGUAGCAGCCAGGAGAAGGAGAAAGAUAAGACAUCUGAUGUGGAUACAACCGGGCCAGCAGAAGACACUGAAAAGAGCCACUCCAACAGCAGCACGUUGUCUGAUCGACGACCGAGUGAUUCCAGUUUGUGUAGCAUUGAUGAGGAGCACAAACAUGUGUAUGACAUGGUGCUCUCCAUUCUGCUGUCCACCAGGGACAAUGUCAAUUUUGUCAACGAGGUCUUCCAUCAGGCUUUCCUGUUGCCAUCUUGUGAAGCUUCAGCAACCAGGAAGGUGAUCAAAGUGUACAGAAAGUGGAUCCUGCAGGAGAAACCCACCUUCAUGACAGAGCCUGACCAAACGACACCAGAAGAUGAAGUGGAUGAUGGCUCUGAGCAGACUCUCAGCUCAGAGACUAACAACAUACAUGUACAAGUAAAACCCACAACUUUGGAGAGUCACGGUCACAAACGAUCAUCCAGCUGGGGGAGGACCUACUCAUUCAGCAGUGCCAUCAAUAGGGGCUUUCUUACUGAGGAGGAGAACAGGGACAUCAAGGCUGGCAUCCAGCCUACACUACAGGUGUUCCUGACCAACUCGUCUAACGUGUUCCUGUUGGAGCCAUGCCACGAUGUACCUAAACUCCUCGAAAACCAAGUUGAGGUGUGCAAGAAUGUUCUCAGCAUCUACCGGCACAUGAUUAUGGAGCACAGCAUGAGUAUGCAGACAUGGGAACAGAUGCUGCAAGUGCUACUGAGGAUCACAGAGGCUGUAAUGAAGCGGCCACAUGAAAACCAAAGAAAAGACAGUUUUGCUGAAAGUUUAGCUUCCUUACUUUUUAGGACGAUUAUUGUGGCGUGGGUGCGAGCAAACCUCUGUGUAUUUAUUUCUCGAGAGCUUUGGGACGAGCUUCUGGCAGUGCUUUCUUCUCUUACCUGCUGGGAAGAGCUGGUGACUGAGUGGGCCAGCAUCAUGGACUCGCUGACGGCUGUGCUGGCACGCUCUGUUUAUUGUUUGGACAUGGCCAACCUGCCUUUGGACAAACUCAGUGAACAGAAAGAAAAGAAGCAGAGAGGACGUGGAGUGAUCCAGGACUCCCAGAAGGCAGCUGCAGUUGCUCGUUCUUUUUCACUGAGCUGGAGGAACCAGGGGGAACAGGGUGGGCCAGGAGCCCAAGAACCCAUGAGAAUUCGCUCAGCCACAACUUCAGGAGCUCCUGGUGUGGAGAAGGCUCGCAACAACGUCCGACAGAAAGCCUCUGCUAAGCGAAGCCAGUCCAUCAGCAACUGUGUCCAUCUUUACGAGGCUUUGCCCGCUACUAAAAGUGUUCCUAUGCUGCUCCACACUGUGAGCUCUUUCUUGCCUGGUAUCUCUUCUGGUAGCUCUGCUUGUUCUCAUAGACUCUCAGAUCUGGAGGAGUGUCAGCUGUCGGAAUGCGGGGGUGAAGAGGAGCUGGGAGGCGGGGAGAGUCCUCUGCCACGUAGCAGCAGCACCUCAGACAUCACUCAGCAGCUGUCUGACACUUUACCUGAUCAAAAGAGAGAGUACUCCCCUAUUUCUUGUGGUUCUGACAGCAGGACGUCUGACGGCAAAACGGAGAGCAACGAGCCCCCUAUGAUCUUCAUUCGACGGAGCAGCAGUCCAGCUGAGACGGAGAGCAGCACUGACGGACACACAAACUUCAUCAAACACAAGCUCAGGGAAAAAAGUGAAAGUGUGAGCAGUGAGACAUCCAAUGGCUACCUCAACGAAGCUGAAGUUACCUGGCAGGCAUUUGACGAGGAGGCUGACACACAUUCUACACAGUCUGCUCACAUGGAUGUUACAGCUGAUCCACAGAGCCAGGGCAAUCUGCUGCUCAGCCACAAUGAGGCUCUAGCAGGUUCUGAUUGUGCCUUACCUCCCCACUCUGCACCUCCCUACCUUCACCAAAAUUACCACUGUCACUACCCCCAGAACCCCCCUUCUUCGCCAGCCCUGCUGGUUCACACAGAGUACCCCCUGGAUGACACCAUGCAUCAGUCUGUCUUACAUAUGACACACCACUUGGACAGUAGUGAGUGUCUCGCUGAUGAUGUCAGCAUCAUUGCUGGAGGGACCCUGACUGGCUGGCAUCCUGAUUCUGCCUUUGUCCUGUGGAGGAGAAUUUUGGGCAUAUUGGGAGAUGUCAACAAUAUCCGAUGCCCCAAAAUCCACGCCAAGGUUUUCUCCUACCUCUAUGAACUCUGGCACAAACUGGCCAAGAUCCGAGACAACCUUGGGAUCAGUGUGGAUAAUCAGUCCUCUCCUCCCCAACCAUUAUUCAUCCCUCCUCUUCGAAUGCUUUCAUCCUGGCUCUUCAGGGCGACCAUGCUGCCAGCAGAGUACAAGGAUGGCAAACUGCAGGCCUACAAGCUGAUCUGUGAGAUGAUGACCAGACACCAAGAUGUGCUUCCUAACAGUGAUUUCUUGGUGCACCUUUACUUCAUCAUGCACAAGGGCUUCAUCAGCGAUGACGAGGAUGUUCUGAACACCAUCGUUCGUUCCUGCUCUCCUCGGUUCUUCUUCCUUGGCCUCCCAGGUUUUACUAUGCUGCUUGGAGAUUUUAUCACCGCUUCUGCCCGUGUCCUCACUUCUGAAUCCCCAGAGGCUCCAAGGAUAGAGGCUCAGACGUUCUUGGGCUCCCUUGUUUGUUUUCCCAACCUUUACCUCCAGAUCCCUAUUCUGCAGCACAUGGCUGGCUCUAAUGACAUCCAUAUAGGCAAUGAAGAUAUUAAGGAUUAUCUGGUCAACAUCCUGCUGGAGGCAGCUACAAAGGAACACUGUGAAGGAGCAAGGUGCAUUGCUGUGUGCAGCUUGGGCCUGUGGGUGUGUGAGGAGGUAAUGCAAAAGGACAUCCACCCCCAGGUUAAAGAUGCCAUCAAUGUUCUGGGAGUAACCCUAAAGUUUGGGAACAAGGCAGUGGCUCAAGUUGCAUGUGACGUGUUUCACCUGCUGAUCUGUCACUGGGAACAUCUGCAGAAGUUGGAGCGCUCUUUCCCGAAGAAAAUUAUUGAGAUCUUUGUGGCCACAAUAGCCUUUUUGUUGCCAAGUGCAGAGCACUCAACAGUGGAGGCAGACAAAAAGUUAAUGGUGUCACUGCUGCUCUGCCUGCUGGACUGGUGUAUGGCUGUUCCCCUGAGUCUGCUGCUAGAACCCAUUACCAUGUCUUCACUGGAGCACCACACAUCUCACAAGGUCCCACUUUUGGAUUACAUCUACAGGGUGCUGCACUGCUGCGUGUCUGGCUCCAACCUGCACACCCAACAGAGCCACUAUCUUCUCACUUUGUCCGACUUGUCUAGUGACUAUGACCUAAUGUUAGGUCAGGUUAAGAGUUUUGAUCCACCAUCACAAAUGAACACAGCAGACUUUGGCAACCUUCUCACAGUAGCAGAGGAAAAGCGUCGUCGAAACAUGGAGCUGAUACCACUUACAGCACGGAUGAUCAUGACUCACCUGGUGAACCAUCUUGGCCACCAUCCUCUGAGUGGCGGCCCUGCUCUUCUACACAGCCUUGUGAGCGAAAACCAUGACAACCCUUAUGUGGAGUCAUCCGAGUUGUCCUCUGAGGUCUUUAAAAGCCCCAACCUACAGCUGUUUGUCUUCAAUGACAGUACAUUGGUGUCCUACCUUCAAAUCCCUGCAGAGACACCCACUGUUGGUCAGCCCCCUCACCCUUCCUCACAAGUCCGUGUCAUUGUCCGAGAUAUCUCAGGCAAAUACUCUUGGGAUGGCACCAUUUUAUACUGCACCACACAGGAUGAGUCUGAUGAUAUGGGAGUCUUUCAUUCAGUUGACCACCCACUUUCACCAACUUGUAGCACUCAUAGCAGAAAUCAUCCCACCUCCCCAAUAAAAGAACCAUACAAAAGUAAUGUCUCAUCCUCCCUCCCUAACUCUUUUGAAGAUGAUGAGUUUGAUGUUCUGGAUAAACUUUUGGAGGACCUUAGCCACAGCAGCCCAGAAUGCCUCUCUCAACCACGCCUCAGGCUCAAUCAGCCAGCUCCAUCACCUCAUGGCAUGAACUCAGAGCAAGAAAGCACCAUACUGGAGGCCAUUCUCCGUCAGACUCAACAGGAGGAGGAGCAAGUUAGGAAGUGGGAUGCUGAUGUAGGCUUUCGGGCUGCCUGCCAGAGGAAACCUUCUCGCCAGGAACCAAAUGCUCCUUUCUACUUUUGCCGACUGCUGCUUAAUGAUCUUGGCAUGAAUUCUUGGGAACGCAGGAAAAGCUUUCAUUUGCUGAAGAAAAACUCUAAACUUUUAAGGGAGCUGAAGAAUUUGGACUCCAGGCAGUGCCGAGAAACGCACAAGAUUGCUGUAUUCUACAUUGGAGAAGGACAAGAAGAUAAGUGCUCCAUCUUGUCCAACACUGUAGGCAGCCAGGCCUUUGAAGACUUUGUAUCUGGAAUGGGAUGGGAGGUGAACCUGGCCACACACUGUGGCUUUAUGGGGGGUCUCCAGAGGAAUGGCAGCACAGGUCUAACUGCUCCUUACUAUGCUACCUCCACUGUGGAAGUUAUUUUCCACGUAUCUACGCGUAUGCCAUCUGGUUCGGAUGAUAGCCUUACCAAAAAGCUGCGUCACCUGGGCAAUGACGAGGUGCACAUUGUGUGGUCUGAGCACACCAGGGACUACCGACGUGGCAUCAUUCCAACUGACUUUGGAGAUGUGCUCAUUAUUAUCUACCCAAUGAAGAACCACAUGUAUUUCAUCCAGAUCAUGAAGAAACCUCAGCUUGGCUGUUGGACCCUCUGGUGUGUCUCGGCACAGGUGCCCGUCAUCCCUACUUCGCCAUGGUUCCCCUCAAAGCCAUUGGUCAUGGCUGUCUUGGCCCCUGCUGUGGCGGCAUGUGCCCACAGCCGGCACUUUGCCCAGUGA